UGAAAACCGUGAGCAAUAAUGAGACAAUAGAUUGUGGAGCGUUUCCAAAAAAACCCCACAAUUUUCCUUCAGACUGUGUUGAAUAACUUGGAGCAGGAGCAACACGCACGGAAGGGUCAGACCGUAAAACAGAUGGGUUUGAGGCCCCUGUCCAUGCCCAUGCUGCUGAGCCUUGUGGUCCUACUAUACUCCGUGCCUGUGAGGGAGGCCUGUCUGCAGUGUGACCGCAAGAUCAGACUCCUUCACGAGGACCUUCUUCUGUCUGCUGCCAGUGUGCAAGAUCAGAUUGAAUUGAAAAAGAUAUGCGACCAUGCCUACGUGACCUACAGGGAGACUAGCAAGGCACGCAGCGGAGUUAUUGAUCCCACCACUCUGUACAGAGCCAGCACGGAGUACCAGAGUGAAUUCGAUCGUUUUCUGAGCACCGUGCACACAGGCUCUGUGACGUUUGAGACCAUUCAGAUCAUGGAGAAAGGCGGGAGGAUCUUAGAGAAACACUUAGACAAGUUCAUCCACGGAGGACUAUGCCCGAACAAGUGUGGGCUGCUGUAUCAGAGAGUAAUGGAUUGCUUCUCCUGCAAAUACAAGUUAUACACUUGUGACUCUCACACUCGGCUUGACUGUGGGGAGUACCCAGUGCAGGCUGAGGAAGGAGGCCAGGCUGUGUUGGAUUGCUUCCUCCCAUGGCACAAGCUGGUGCAGGGGAGGCCUGAGUAUCACUUCUCGUGGGCCCCUCGAGUGCCCGGAACUAAUAAGUCGGCUGAAAGUGACUUCAAAGCCCUGGUGGUGACUGAGGACUCGUCUGUGGUGCUGAAUCAGCUGCGUGGGGACGAACGAGGGACUUACCGCUGUCUGCUACGAGGUCGUAAUGGAACUGUCUUCUCCCAGGUCACCUUUCUUCUCAAUGUCACCACUUCACCCGCCCAGGCUGCCACGCCUCACUUCACUCCGCCCUCGCUGCCUCCAGGAUAUGACUCUCCUCCACCUUCCCACCGCGCUAAGUACCUGCUGCUGCCAGUCAUCGCCGUGGUUACUGCCCUCAGCCUGGCAGCCAGCGUGGGCCUUGCGGUCGUCUUGGGACUGAAAACGAGGCAGCUGAGAGAUGUGGAGGAGGCCAGGAGCCGGCGGGAGCGGGAGGACAGAGCAUCCACGGCGUGA